UCUUCAGAUCGGUCGGUUGUUCACGCGUCGCGUGUGCAAAAUCGUUUUAUGUGAAGUCUUAUUAAAUAACGGGUGCUAUAUGCAUUUCAUACGUGUCGCGUGUGUUCAAAUUAAUUGCAAAGAUCAGUCUACUAAAUUCCUUGUUGGAGUAAUAUUCAGAUAAAGCGCCAAAAAAAUCCCAACACUUACGCUCAGAUGACAGCAAUCUUUCGUCAAGUUGACUCGCCCGCCCAAAAAACGACGGCGACACGAAGCCAAGCCGAGCGGCCGAGAGAGUCCCGUCACGAACGAGCAAGACGAGAAAAAAGUACUUACUGAAGCGAUGCUAGCGACGAUGACGAGAAAAAUCAGCAGUUGAGCAGUUCCAUUGAUAACGCGCUACGAAGUGGAUCUCUGCCCCAAGCGGGCAAAAGCAGCGCACACGAAGCCGUCGCCGUGGCAAGCCAACAACAACAAAAAAGCACGCAAAAGCAACAACAACAAUUGUGCGAAACUAACGGCAACUGAAUACUGAACGUAAGGCACAGGCGCCUGCUGCUGCUGCUUCUUUAGUUGCAUUUUACAUAAAUUUCGGCGGCUGCUCGUUCGACGUUUCGUUAAGCGUCGCCCGUCGUCAGUCAUUUUGUAACCUUCUGUUUGUCAUUACACGGCGCGUGUGUUUAAUUAUUGUCGUGUGUGUGUGAGACGUGUGUGUGUGUGUGUGCGGUGCGAGCGUGUGGCUUAAGGCAGCCACAAGGAAUGUGCAAGAAGAACGGUAAAUUAAAUGAAUGCCAGCAACGCGGCAAUUGCAACUCUGCAGCAAAGUCAUUCACAAUAUUUGACUGCUUAAAACAAAUGUGAGAAUUCGAUUUUAAUUGCUACAACUAUUUGAGCUUAAGCAAACAGACGGCUGAGGAGAACUCAUGUAAACACAAUCUGUUCGCAGCAUUUAAGUGAAUGACAACUGGAAAAAUCGAAAUCGUAUAAGGGAAAAAUCAGACAAGAAAAAAGUAGAGAAAAGAAGACGCAAAAACUUUCCGCUUAACGACAUAUAGUGGAAGUUAGUGCAAACAGGAAAUGAAUUUGCAAAAAGGGCAAAAAGGAUAUGAAAAAUGCAAAUAGCCAAAUCGAGUUGCAUGCAGAAUUCACAAUUCUGCUAACCUCAAACGUAUUUACACGAGGCAACCCAAUGCGAAUACGUAUGUGAGACACUGUACAGCGGACGGCUAAUUGUGGCUGUGGCAAUUGAAGCAAAGCACAAAACGGAAUUUGACAAAAGCGAUUGCAAAAAUCAUAUAUGUAUAUGCAUUAAAUGUAACCGCAAAAUAGAAAAGCGACCAGCAAAAAAGGAAAAUAUACAAAGUAAAAAAGGAAAUUGCCAUUGCGGGUAGCAAAAAAACGAGUAAAUUUAAAACAAAACAAACAAAAAAUAGUAAACAAAAACAGGAGCUUGCAAAUGUAAAAAUUGAUUUCUGCGGUUUCAACAAACGGAUAUUGUUCGCAUAUAUGGCUGCAAAUCGUUGUGGCUAAAAGCGAGUGUCGCGGCCGAAAAACGUAGAAACAAACUACAGUUAAACAACAAAUUCACUUCAAAUAAAUAAAUAAUAAACGCUUAAUCUGUUAAUCGCAUUUAAAAGCAUGCAGCUGACGGGGAUAAAAACGUGCAAGGUUUUCAUCAUUUGCAUUGCCUGCCUCACAACACUGCCAGAGCUGGCUGCUGGGCUGCGCAAUGUUAACGUUCACAUUCCGGCGGCCGUUAAACGCGGCGAUAAUGCCCUCUUAAUCUGCAAUUAUGACAUCGAGAACGACACGCUCUAUGCGGUUAAAUGGUAUAGGGGUCGCAGGGAGUUCUAUCGGUAUACGCCCAAGGAGAAUCCCGCCUGGAAGAUAUUCACCAAAACCAACGAAAUUGAUGUCGAGACCACACAAUCGAAUGCCAGCCACGUGCUGUUACGCAAUGUGCCCACCUCCAUAUCUGGCAAAUUUGCCUGCGAAGUAUCCGCAGAUGCGCCCACAUUCGAUACCUCCAUUGUGGCUGCGGAUAUGGAAGUUGUGGAGCUGCCCACUCAGCGGCCCAUUAUAACGGGCAUUCACUCACGUUAUCGGCUAGGCGAUAUUAUCAAUGGCAACUGCUCGUCGGAUUACUCAAAGCCAGCAGCUAAUCUCACCUGGUGGAUCAAUGACAUACAGGUGCCACCAAAUUAUUUGCGUACCUAUGACAUUCAACGACAUCUGGCCGAGCACCUGGAGUCAGCCGUUCUGGAGCUCAAUUUUGUCGUGACAACGCAUCAUUUUAUCAAAGGUCGCCUUAAGUUAAAGUGUUCAGCCCGCAUUCAUAAUAUCUAUGCACAGGAGAGCGAAAAACUUAUCGAGGAGGAUCGUCCGCGUAUUUUGGCCUCAGGCCGCUCGCCGGAUAUGAAUAUGUAUCCCUUCGACCAGCCGGGCGAUGCGGAUGAGCAUAAUGAUCUCCGUUUACAGUACAAAAAUGCUGCCCCCAGACGUUGCGCACUCGAUUGGCAACAGCAACUAACUGGGCUCCUGUUAAUGGGUCUAUUGCACUUGGCCUGGACUGCCGCUCAUCUGAGCAGGACGCACAGGAGGAGCCGAGACCCGAGCUGCUGCAGCAGCUCGCAGUCGCAGCUAGCCACGCUGGGUAAGGAGCUACGGUGAUGAGCUGGCCCGAGGAUCAGCAGCUGCCUGGAGAAAUGGAGACUUCAAAACGCAAGCUAAGGCUACCUAGGCAGAAGCCGAGGCAAAAGCCUAUAUGCAUAAUUAGAUAUAUACAUGGAGCUCUCAAAACAUUUAUAGAAAUCAUAUAGUAUACAGUGAAUGUUAAAGGAUCCUUGAAACUUCAGUUUUCAUGCUAUCACCUAAUUUUUCUGUUCAAGAUUCUUACAAUUUAAUUGUAAGACUUUUUAUUCGCUCAAGGAAUGGGGUUGGAUAACCACCAAGGACAGCCAAUUUUUUCGAAAACCAGGAAAUAGAAUUAACUAGAAAUUGGCUGACUAUAAAAAAAGUUUACCUACGAACCUGCAUGUUAGAAGAGUCCUCGCACUGCAUGCAGUGCGAAACUUUCUAUUCUUUUUUUUUACAAAAAUUAAAAUCAACAUUUUUUAACCAUU